CAUCGUAGUAUAUUUUGUAAACAUAGGUCUUCGCAACACGUAUCUCGGCAAUCCCAAUUAUUUUCAUUGUUAAGCCUUUUUCCAACACGAUGUUGUGAUGGAUGAAGAACAUGUAGAAGAACAGGAAGGCAAUGCUAACAAUGGAGAACAGGUUGAACGUUUGCCAGCACUGAGGUCUUUAUAUAGCAGGGUCCAGAGUUUUGUUCGGUUUGUUAAUCGCACACAAAGGAGUGUAGAUGUUUUCUGGCUAAAUUAUCAAGGAGUUCGACAAAGGUAUAAGCGGCUUGAGCCAAGGGAGCAGUUGAAGAUCAGCACCUACGUCUCCCAUCCCUGGGUUUUCCAGGACUCGGAGACGACAGCCAAGUUGGUGGUCAACUCAGAAGACGUAUUUUUCCCCAAGCCGUGGUACGAGGUGAGUAAGGGGGCCUUGCAGGAGGGACAAGGCAUUCAGGGUCCGGUGUCUCCACGUCACAUCACUGUUUACAUUAGUAUUCCUCUCUAUACUCUAAAGGAGAGAGCAACGCAGGUGAUUUGGUCACACCUACGAGACCCGAAAGACGCCUACAAGUUAGACAUCCCUGCAAUACUCAUGAGUGGCAUUGCUGAGUGGGCUGCCUGAGAGGAUCUGAUUGUUCUGAGCUGUUGUGCUUUAGUUGCGCAAAAAGCUAUUCAAGAAGUUGUGGAAGGCUUG